AUGCAUGGAAUAUUAAGAGUAAAGUUAAAUGAAGAACAGAAACGCUUGAAACUCGAGAAGGAAAAAACCAAAAUUCAAGAAUACAAAGGUUUAAUUGAGCAAUUUCAGAGAGCCAGACAACUAAAAGACUAUUCUUCUGAAAAGCUGAAGCUGACCACCGAACUUUUGGAUUGGAAUCCUGAAACAUAUAGCGUUUGGAAUUACCGAAGAGAAAUAUACCUAUCUAGCGUUUUUCCAAAUAUAUCCGUCAAUGAGAAGCAAGAUGUGUUAGACAAGGAGUUGCAAUAUGUCCUUUCAAAGAUGAAAAUGUUCCCUAAAGUAUAUUGGAUAUUCAAUCAUAGACGCUGGUGCCUUGAAAACGCUCCGUAUCCCAAUUGGAAUUACGAAAUGAUGAUAACUGAAAAACUUUUGAGUGCUGAUGCUAGAAAUUUUCACGGAUGGCAUUAUAGACGAUAUGUUGUAACGCAAAUAGAAAAGCAAGGAAACUAUGACUUGGCGGGAAAAGAGCUGCAGUAUACUUCAAGCGCGAUUGCCACUAACUUUAGUAAUUUCUCAGCAUGGCAUAACCGUACGAAGUUGCUUGAAUUUAUUAUCAAAAAAGAGACUGAUCCCGAGCUUCGAAGGCAAUUAGCACAGAAGAUUUUACAAGAAGAAUUGGACACGAUCCAUCAAGCUGCGUUUACAGACCCGGAUGAUUCGAGCAUAUGGAUUUAUCAUCGUUGGCUCAUGGGUCAUUGCAAUCAGGUUGGCGCACCUCCUAUCCUUUCUGUUUUAUCAACAGAAGAGCGUAUCCAAUACAUCGCUCAAGAAAUCCAGCUUCUUGAGGAGCUACAUGAACUGGAACCUGAAAAUAAGUGGUGCUGUGAGCUUCUUAUCGAGUACGGACUCUUAAUUCGAAUAUUGUCAAAUCAGAAAACUACAAAGCAAGAACAGACGACAUGGGUUUCCUUAAUACAUACCCUUCAGCAAGUUGACCCUCAACGACAGGGACGAUACCAAUACCUUCUCAAGAAAAUUGAAACCAUUACGAAUGCAUAA